AUGGAGGCGACCGGACAGCAGGAUCCCCCAGGGGAUAUCCCAGGCCAGAGGACAGAAGUUGACGCAUCUGCUGCCACUGGACAGGGGGAAGUGGUGAAGAGGGUGACUUUCAAUUGGAAACCUAGAAAAGAAGAUGGAGAGCGAUUGUUUUCUGCAGCUCAUCUGGAGACACGAGGAAGUAUCUUAACUGACGUAGAAGACAGUUUGGCAGAGGAAGACGAAAUCAUUCUUGAGGACAUCAAAGAUCUGGAUGAUGAAGAAUUGGAGAAUGAAGCCUACAAUGUCCCCACAGAUACAGCUUUUCCUGAGAAGAACCCGACAUCCCAUUAUGAGGCAGAAGACUGGGAUAAAGAACUGGCAGAGAUAGAAUACAAUAACAGUCCUUAUGAUUCUGAGGAUUUGAUCUUCCAUGGUAAAAUGCAAGACUGGGAUCCAGUGGCAUUAUGUUCUAUUAAAGAAGAGCCUCUGUAUGACCCAAGCGCCUGCCAUGUGGCACCAAUGACUCUGAGGCACCGAAAGACCACACCAGUGGAUGGCCAGUUUGAGGAUGCUGUUGACUGAAGUACUGUGAACAUUGCAGUGGAGAUUUAUUUCUCAUGGCACUGACCUGAGAACAAUGGGUCAGACCCCACAGUUUGUCAGUGGAAAUUGCUGAUGGCUGCAGGUCUUCCAGGCUCUUCCCUAGCAGCCAUUUCUGACCUUGGGAAAGUUUAUUCCUGGGGUUUCAGGACUCUUAAUGAAUAAUAGGCUAUUACAGAAAUGGCUGCUGGUGGGAGUGAGAAGGCCAGGAAUGUUGUGCUGGAUCCCGUAAGCACCUUUUAUGCUCCAUGCUGGGGCUCUCAUGUAUUAUUUUAAAACAACUGCAUAUCACACUGUUGGAAAGCAGAGAAAGAGGACAGGUGUUGGAUCCAUGGCAAAAAGUAGCCCUGUUUGAUUUAAAGAAAACUGUUCUGGAAAUGAUUUGGGUUUUAUUUCAGUGUUAUCAGUGUAAUCACUGAGGUCUGCCUGCUAUACUGUGCCAUCCUCAGCAGAGUUAAACCCUUCUAAGCCCAUGCAUUUCAGUGCACUUAGAAAUACGUCACUCUGCUUAGGAUGGCACUGUUACUCUUACUUGUCGUCUUCAUACUUUUAAUUCUUUUCUUUGACAUGGCUGCACUGAUCUAAUUGUAAAUAUUUAUGUCCAUGUUAUAAAUUCUGUGCUAUAUAGCUUGUUAUAUAUUUAUUUGAAAUUGAAGACCCAGCGGCAUGCUGGAAUGGUGUUUUGUGGCACCUGA